AUGGACGAAGUAGAUGAUAUACUAGAUCAGAACCCUGCCGUAGAGGAGGAUGAUAUUGAUGAUGAAGAAGAAGAAGAUGAUGAGGAUGAGGAUGAAUUGAAUGACAUUCAAGGGAAUAAUAAUGAUGACGAUGAUGAUGAUGAUAAUGACGACGACAAGAGCGAUGACGGGGAGGAGGAUGUAGAAGAAGAUCAAGAUGAAGAAAAUGACAAUGACGAUGAUGAAAGAUCGGACGUUGAUAUGGAUAAGAACAAUUCGGAAGACAGUACCACCGGUACAUCUUCUCUCGAUAAAAUACACAACUAUUACAAACACAUUUUACAAUCUGCAAAAUUGGCAUCGAAAUACAGUAUAUAUCCUACUGCAGCCAUCCCCAUACAAACUCAUGUCAACGCUUUAGCAGUAUCAAAAGGUCUAAAAUAUCUUUUCCUAGGUGGUAGUGACGGAUACAUCCGUAAAUACGAUCUACUAAACACAAUAUAUGGUAAAUUAUCGUUAACUAUUCUACAAAAACAUUCAUUAACUGAAUCAAUACAAAACGCAGGCAUCCUUCUGUCAUAUUGGGAAAAUGAAAUACCGAUGAGGUUAUCAGAAUUAAAAGUUACAAACAAUGAAUACGAACCAAAUGUAAGUCCUGUCCAUUCCAUAGAAGUGCACAACGAAUGUCUGUUUCUAUUAAGUGGGUUGCAAAAUGGUGGUAUUGCUUUACAAGGGGUUAGGUACAUGGAAGGCUGUAUUGGCCAUUAUUUCAAAAGACAUAAUCAAGUGGUUAAUAUCUUAAGGUUGAAUAAUAAUCAAGAUAAAUUCCUCAGUGGUUCUUGGGAUAGACAAAUUAUUGAGUGGGAUCUUAAUAAAAUGGGAUCUAUUGUCAAUGAAUUUAAGGGGGCUAAUUCAGAAUUGUCUUCUUUGGAAUUAAGACCUUUAGAUCAUACUGUAGAUAUCCCCACAAAGCCCACUGAUGAAGAUGCGGAUGAGCUGGAUUCCUUGUUUGGUGAUGAUGAUGAAGAAGAAGAUGAUGAUGCCAAUGAAACUAAUAAGGAGCGUAAUAACAAUGAAAAGGAAGAAUCUCCUACGAGAGAUGAAGUCUCAAAAGAAACCUUAAACGUAGUAUAUGACGAAUCUAUCUUUAUGACAUCCGGUUUAAACGGCGCAAUAAAUGUUUGGGAUAGGCGUAACAAUACGGCACCUGUAUUGAAUUUACUCAAAGGUCAAAGUACUCCUCCCUGGUGUUUUUCGGCUUGUUGGUCAGCAAAUGGUGACUAUAUCUAUGCCGGUAGAAGAAAUGCGUGUGUAGAAGAAUUCGAUUUAAAAAUGCCAUCAUCCCCCAAGAGCACUUUAAAAUUGCCAAGUAUAUCUGGCUCAGUUUCAUGUGUAAAAUCUUUACCAAAUGGUAACCAUCUCCUAAUAGCAUCAAAGGAUAACAUAAGACUCUAUGAUACUUCAAUAGCAUCUUCCUCCAAGAUACCGUUCACUAUUGUUCCCGGCCAUCAUGGUGGGGUUAUUUCAAACUUGUAUGUUGACCCAACUUGUAGAUUUUUGAUAAGCACCAGUGGUGAUCGUGGCUGGCAAGGUACCUCUACGGAUACAACAUUGAUAUACGAAAUAGACUUAGAAUAA